AUGGCUGACAAACGUGGUCGUAUCAAGCAGCCCGAGAUUCUCAUGCGUUCUCUCGCGGCCGAUGUGGACGCGGAGGCCCUCGCCUCCUGCAGGUCGACGGAACUGCUGGAGCAGCUUGGUGAGGCGGAUACCGAGCUCACCGAGGCGACGGCCGAGGUGGUCGGACUCAAGGAUGAGACGCGGAAGGCUAUGUGUCAGGUGCGCCCGCCAGAGCCGACCAAGCCUUCCACGCUUCAUAAAUUCGUGCCAAGGUUUGAGGUCUCAGUGGAACAGCUGGGCCGCGUGGCUGCAAUAUUGGGGCUUGGCGAGGAGCUCGCGACAAGGCUCGAGGCGAUGGCGGAGACG